UUUUUUUUUUUUUUAAUUUUGUCAUUUAAAGUUUCCUUUGUUUCCAAAAUCAGAGAGAGAGAGGCGGAAGAGGGCUGACGACGAUGGCCUUCUUCCUCAUUUUCUCCUUUUCGCUCUUCUUCCUUUCACAUGCUUCUCAGGUGAUCACCCACUUCAAAGGCAUUGACUUAGCAACAAGUCCAGCACUAGAUGUCACCCCAACUCCCCUUUCUGGGCAUUCAUCCGUUCACGGUUCUAAAGAUGUUUUGUUAUGUGAUCGAGUUCGAGUUUCUGGUCUGUCAAGAUUGAAGCUUGGGAGUUAUGCGAGUUCUUUUCGGGUUACUUUGGCCCCAUCUGUUUUAAUACCGGAAAGAUUACACACCAAAAUACAAGUUUGCUUUCAUCGGAAUGCUUCACUUGGAUUAUGCAACUGUGAGAAUGAUGAUUGGAAAGCAGUGCAAAAGGGUAUAUGGCAUGCUGUCAUGUCACCUUAUGAUGAUAGGUUUAUUGAUGUGAAGUUUAUUGGUGAUGUGUCUGGCUCUGUUAUGAUUGCUGUUGAAGAGGAUUUACAGCAAUGGCGGCUUGUGUUUCUUGCCUUAGGAUUUGUUUUGUUGCUGUUGGCACCAUUUGUCAGCAAUUGGGUUCCUUUUUACUACAGCAGUUCAAUGGCUAUUGGCAUUUUUCUUGUCAUUAUAAUUAUUCUCUUUCAGGGAAUGAAAUUGUUGCCAACAGGAAGGAAAAAUAUCUUCUAUCUCACUAUAUAUGGAUCAGUGCUUGGAGCUGGAUCUUUUCUUUUACAUCAAUUCUCCAUGUUGGUAAAUUCAAUUCUUGUCAAUUUUGGGCUGAGUGAAGAGAUGCAUAAACUGGUUGCUAUAUUUUUAUUGGUUGGAAUUCUACUCUCAGGAGCUGCAUUGGGCUACUGGAUUGUAAGAAAAUUUGUGAUCUCAAAAGAUGGAAGUGUUGAUGUUGGUGUUGCCCAGUUUGUAAAAUGGGCCAUGCGCAUCAUUGCUACUACAUUUAUUUUCCAGAGCACUUUUGAUGCUCAGCUGGCAAUGGUGGCAUUGGGGUCUUCUUCUGCUAUCUGCUCUCUUAUCACUUCAGCAAAAAGGAAUGGUCAUAUGCAACAACCACAUUCUGCGGAUGAGAGUCCUUGGCUGCACCAGUCGAGGCAGGGAACAAUGAAGCAUGGUCAUGCUGAAUUUUUUAGGUCUCCGAGAAUGUAUUCUAAUAGGAGGAUGUGGAAUAGUCCAAUGUCCGCACCAGCAUGGACUAACUCUCCUGUUAAAGGUGUGGUUUUAUCACCUCUUGAUGAAGGUGCCUUAUAUCAUCAAGAUUACUAUUCAACCUUUCACAAGACACGUAAUCGAAAGAAAUUCACAAAGCAAGAAUGGCAAGAUUUCAGUCGGGAGUCCACUCGGCAUGCCAUGGCAGAAUUAGCAGCAUCUCCAGAAUUCACCAGUUGGAUGAUUGAGAAUGCUUACAGGAUAAAACUCCUUCCAUGUGAUAGUUCAGAUGAAUCGAUAGGAAGCAAAACAAGUUCAACAGACAAUGGCGAUGAUGAAGAGGGAAGCUCCAGCCGAUUCAGAUUAUUCAAACGGUAGCAGUUGAGUAGAACACGAUGUUAACUACUGUACCACUUACAUGUAAAGUUACGGUAGGAAAUAUAGCCCCAGAUUUAGGAAUGAUUACUGUUUCUUUCACCAGUAAAUUGGUUGCCUCGUGUUAAUUUUUUUGAAAAAUUUUCUAACCAUUUGACGGCUGUACAAAACCCUCUUCUGAGUUAGGUUUUUUUUUUUUUUUUUAAAAGAAUGUAUGCAGCGACCAGAGGUAAUAAAUUUAGAGUCCAAAUCUGUAAAUUUUUUGAUUCACAAAUUACAAAUCCUUUUAUAUAAAAUAAAAAAGUGAUUUUAAUAUUAUAAUGUUAUGAUAUAUGGAGUACAUUUUUUCCACAUUUGGGUGGUGUUGAUCUCGUUUUACUAUUUGCUAUUGUAUGAUAGGAAAUAAAUUAUUAUUUUCGUAAACUUCAUAUCAUUUUCAAAAUUACAACUUUAAAUUUAGCUUAUU